GAAAAAAGAAGAAUUUUCUUCUUGGAAAAAUGACUCAAAAGGCUGCAACCACUGUGGAACAUUUGGCCAUCCAGUGUCAUUGGUCUCAGAGGUCAGCAGUUAUUGGAGAUGCCCUUCAAGUCUACAGUGGGUCUGAAGGGAGGGCUACUAUUUUCUGUGAGACCAAGAAGAAUGUAACUGAAAUGGCCAUGAAUCCACACAUAAAGCAGAAUGCCCACUGUUUACAUGGGGACAUUGCACAGUCACAAAGAGAAAUUACACUAAAGGGCUUCAGAGAAGGUAGUUUUAAAGUUUUGGUGACAACCAAUGUGGCUGCCCGUGGUUUGGACACUCCUGAAGUUGACCUGGUUAUUUAAAGUUCUACUCCUCAGGAUGGUGAGUUCUAUAUCCAUCGCUCUGGAUGCACAGGUAGAGCUGGAUGGACAGGAAUUUGUAUAUGUUUUUAUCAACCAAGAGAAAGAGGUCAACUAAGAUAUGUGGAGCAAAAAGCAGGAAUUACUUUUAAACGUGUAGGUGUUCCUUCUACAAUGGAUUAUCUAAAAGCAUGGAUGCCAUCAGGUCUCUGGCUUCCAUUUCUUAUGCUGCUGUUGAUUUUUUCCGACCAUCAGCUCAAAGACUGAUAGAAAAGAAAGGGGCAGUGGAUGCAUUGGCUGCAGCCUUAGCCCACAUUUCUGGUGCAUCAAGCUUUGAACCACGAUCUUUAAUCACCUCUGAUAAGGGAUUUGUGACCAUGACUCUGGAAAGCCUAGAGGAAAUACAGGAUGUCAGCUCUGCUUGGAAAGAACUGAACAGAAAGCUAAGUAGUAAUGCAGUGUCUCAGAUUACCAGAAUGUGCCUCCUCAAAGGAAAUAUGGAAGUUUGCUUUGAUAUUCCUACAACUGAGUCAGAAAGGUUACAGGCAGAGUGGCAUGAUUCCGACUGGAUACUUUCAGUGCCAGCCAAAUUACCUGAAAUUGAAGAAUAUUAUGAUGGAAACACAUCUUCUAAUUCCAGACAGAGGAGUGGCUGGUCAAGUGGCCGGUCGGGCCAUUCAGGCCGGUCAGGUAGACAGAGUCGACAAAGGAGUUGAUCAGGAAGUUGACCGGAUGGUAGAAGACGAAGUGGGAAUAGAAAUCAAUCAAGAAGUGGGGGCCACAAACGGAGUUUUGACUGAGUAUUUGAUAGUUUAUCUACCAGUGUGAGCUUGCCUAUUUCUGCCUAAUCAUGUACAUAAUCCACCAAAAAUUAGGUCUUCAUAGUUGAGGUAUGUGUCUGCUAUUUGCAAAGAAGUUGGUCGUAUUUUUUUAAAAAGUAUUUCACAAGAAUGGUUGUAAACAAAUCUACUUAUCCAGUUAUACCUUUGAAUAAAAAAAAAAAAAAAAACCUCCUUUUAUUGUCUCUUUUCAAAAAAAGAAGAA